UCACAGUCCAUGCGUUACACGCAAAGACAUAAUAGCAAUAUGAGUACAAACAGUACCGGUUCGGCGCCUCCUCUUAAUAGAGCCCGAAGAGUGUCAUCGAUUCCCAACAAUAUUGCAAAAACUGAAGAAAAAGUACUCAAUAAAGAAACAUUUGAUUACAAUAGUAAUAAUGAUUACAAGAAUUACAAAAAUCAAAUGAAAAACAAUGGAAAGUCAGAAAAUGAUUGCAAUUUUAUUAUAGCCAAGGAUUUGGAUCAUUUCAAAAAUGAAAAAGUAAUUCGUAUAUUAGUUAUCGGUUCACAAGACAGCGGAAAGUCAUCACUGGUCUCACAAUUUUCACACUUUCUCGAAGACCAGAGACAAGAAUACGGUUCAAAUCAAAACCAAAAGUAUUUGAUUCUUAACUUUAAAGAAAUUGAAAGCCUCGACACAUGUUUCCCGCGAUCACCGCUAACCGUAUAUAUGCCCGAAGCAUAUAUUGUCAUUUACGCUGUUAAUGACCGUGAAUCGUUUGAGAGCGCAAAACGAGUCAUAUCAGAGAUACACAAAUGGGAUGAUUUUGAUCUGAAGCCAGUGAUAGUUGUGGCCAACAAAACGGAUUUAGUGAGGAGUAGGACCGUUACAAAGCAGGAGGGCAGACAAUUAGCGAUAGCCAACAAUUGCAAGUAUAUAGAGACGAGUUGUGCCAUUUCACACAAUAUUGACGAUCUAUUGACGGGAAUCGGCGCCCAAUUAAAUUUGAAAAGCACUUCAAAAUUGGGUCAACCCAACAAUACCGGUCGUAAACCUAAUUUACUAAAACGUCUGCUCCGGAAAGCCGUCUUAAAUAAGUCCAAGUCUUGCGAUAACUUACACGUACUCUAA